AUGAGUUUGACUCAAGAUGGUGACUUGCUUUGCGCAGAGCUCAUAAGAAACGAAAUCCCUCCGUCGUGUUUUGAACGGAGUACAACCAUCUCCCUCGCCUAUCUCGCUCGCGAUUGUGUCUAUGCAGCUUCUCUCGUGUGGCUAGCCCUCAAGAUUGACCUGAUUCCAUCUGCCCCCGUCCGCUUGUUACUAUGGAUAACAUACGGAUUCCUCCAAGGAUGUGUCGGUACUGGCCUGUGGAUUGUUGGCCAUGAAUGUGGCCAUGGAGCCUUUUCCGAUUCCCCUCUUCUCAAUGACAUCGUAGGCUGGGUGGUGCAUUCCUCUCUCAUGGUGCCUUACUUUUCAUGGAAAAUCACACAUGCGCGACACCAUCGCUACACAAACAACAUCGAGAAAGACACGGCAUUUGUUCCGGAAACCUGGAAGUCGGCAAAAAUACCAGAAACAUCAUCAUCAACCACCGCAAGCCCUAUGCCGCUUGGCGGAAAUCUUGCGGCCUGGGGGGAAAUGAUUCAUGAUACCCCAAUCUAUACGACUUUCAGCUUACUCAGACAUCAGCUCCUAGGAUGGCAAGCAUAUUUGUUAUUCUAUGUCACUGCAGGAAGCGACAGUAUUCCUUCUUCCAGCGGCGUGGCUACCAGCAAGUCCUCUGUGCAGAGCCAUUUUGAUCCCUUCAGUGCUCUCUUCCGUCCCUCUCAGAGACAUUUAAUUGUCUUGUCAGAUCUAGGUUUAAUCUUGGUUGGAACAGCGCUUUAUUUCUUGGGACAGUCUCUUGGUGGAUUCAAGAUUAUGCUCCUAUACGUUAUUCCCUACUUAUGGGUCCAUCAUUGGCUAGUUGCAAUUACUUAUCUACACCAUACCCACCUUACGGUUCCGCAUUUCGCUGAUAGUUCCUGGUCAUUUGUUGACGGCGCGCUGUCUACUGUGGAUCGCAACUUUGGCUUCAUCGGUCGCCACUUCUUCCACAACAUCAUUGACUACCAUGUUGUUCAUCACUUGUUCCCUAAAAUUCCCUUCUACAAGGCGGAGGAGGCCACGAAGGCUAUUAUCCCGAUCUUGGGUGCACGGUAUAAUCGGGAUGAUAGGCCGUUUUUGAGAUCCCUGAUUGAGACAUACACUACUUGCGACUAUGUGUACGAUACAAAGCUCAAUGGUGUCUUCCACUGGGUGAGAAAGUAG